AUUCUUCAGAUGAUACAUUUAAUUUAAUAAUGUUAUUGGCAGAUAACAACAUUUUAAUGGAGUGAAAGUACUUUAUAUUAGAUGAGGAAAUGAUAUAUCAACUAAAUAACAAAUUAAUCAAUCAAUAAGUUCUACUGGAAGAGCGAUUCUGGCGAUUCUGUCGAGAAGAUGCAUUGACAAUGUAAAAACGAUUGCUCGGAAAUGUCUAGCGGUAGAAGAGCGACACGACCCGUCAGACAGCUGUCAUUGCAACAGCCUGCACCGCGUCGACAGCACAUCAAACGACAGAAAUCAGCGGAGGAUGAUUGCAACAAGUCUUUGCAGAUCUAUGCAAAUCCGAUCGCACGUGACAGACUAGCUACAAAUGUGACAGACAAGCCUAAGGUGCGAGUCGCUUGGGGCGACGAUCGUCACGAAUGCGAUGGUCUGUCCCAAGUGGAGGUGGUUGCUCGACAGAUUCCGAGCCGAUCCAGACCCACCACGGGCCGAUCUGGCAGGACUUAUGCCACCACGGAGAAGGCGUCGAUUCUCUAUUCGCGGCAGGAGCUCGCCGAGAGGCUGCGGCUCGCGUGGAAGCAUCGCGAGCAGAACAAAGCGAACAUUGACAUUUUCUUGGCACAUAACGUGGCCGUAGAGGAGCGCUGUGAAUCUGAAUUAUCAAUGUCCACUUCGCCAACUCCGCUCUCCGGAGAGGAGCCUGAUUUUAUGAAAAAUGAAGAAAAAAGCUCGCGGAAUCUGAAAAUAUCUGACAAUUUAGAAGAGCGAGGAAAGAAAACGCGUGAAAUCGAUAACGGAGAUAAAAGAGAAUGCGAGAGGAAGCUGGAGGCUGCGUCUGGAAUGAUGGAAAACGAUUUGUUGAUAAAGAAAGAUGAGAAUGUGACGAAAGGGAUGGAAAAAGAGAGAGGAGAGAACGAGAGAACGACAAACACGCAAACUAACUCGGAUGUCGAGGAGAAAAAAAAGAAGACGAAGAUAAACAUUGAUUGCACGAGCCUUCAUCUUCCGAUGAACGAUCAGUUACAUCCUUCAAUCACCUUUCCGUCCUUAAAACCGGAAAACGCAGAACCAGCGAAAAACAAUGACAAUUUCUCGUCGGCGAGGCAAAAACGCGCUAGUUUUCAGAGCGGUGCCAACCGUGCCUUUCUGAUACCGAUGGCGGAGAAAACUCCGAAGGAGAUCACGGAAGGGAAGGAUAAAAUCGCAUCGACGAAAUCGAUUGAGAUCAGAUGCGCUUCGGCCGCGACGAGAUCGCCAAUCGACAAAGGCAUCAUCCUCGCGAAAAAUUCGUCCACGACGAACUUGGAAAAAACGAGGAGAACAAAUUCCGCGCCGCCACAAAGACGUAAUCUGGGACCUGCUGCACCUGGGACCCGCGUUCAAGUAAAUAUCGUGAUCGACGCGCCUGGUCUUACCGAAGCCACGGAUAAGUCGAUCGUUUGCGGAAAAAUGCAGAGUGAAAAAGACGCUGUGGAAAAAAUCGAGGAAGGUUCGAUGAAGAUAUCGCGAGGUGAACGAUCGAUAAGAUCGGCGCCUCUGAAGAAGAGAUCGAGGAGCGCGAAGAGGCGCCUUCUCGUUUCAUCGGGCGGAUGCAAGGACGAGGAGCGUGGAGGACGAGGGAAGAGUUCCGUGGAUCCCAGAACGAGCGACGUGAUUACCAUGGUAUCGCUGGUCAGCUCGGCUGAUAGCGAUAGCGACGCGGAAAACUCGCCAGGCGACGAUAAGCUCAUCAAUGAAUUACGUAGCAAGCUACCCACCACGCCCAUCAUUAAAACGUCUAUCAAUCCCAAUCCCACUGUACUGAGAAAACCUAUCAAGUCAGUCUCCUUUCAGAGAGACUCUUUUGACGAGGAGCCGACCAAGGACGAGAAGCGGAUCGCCAAUAACGUUCAACCUCCUUAUUUCGGUUUCACCCUCAACGUCGCGCACGGAAACGGUUACAAAGAAUCGUCGGAUAAGCAGGAUCUAGCCGUCGACGAUGUGGUCGCGACGCCGACACUAGUAGCCGUUCCCGCGCUGUCAAUUUCGCAGGAUGCCGAGAAAGCGGUGCCAGAGGCACCGUUGACCGAUCGCGAGAAGAGAUGCCUGGCGGUGCCGAUCGGCGAUCUGCACGACAAGAAGCGAAAGCUGCUGCGAACGCGGAGUAUACCGAGUCGUCCGAUAAUAACGGAGCAGACGAAUAAUGUACCGAUGGAAAUGAAGGAGCAGAGAUCAUGUCUUGCAAUGUCACGAAUUGAUCUCGUCGCAGUUCCAAUUCCGCCAAUUGAUGUUCCGCUUUCAAAAGUUGAACACUUUUCUAAAGAAACAUUGCCGGCGAAAGAAACACCGCAAGAGAUGAUGCCGUCAGAACCGCAUUUUCAAACGACUAAGGAAAAAGAAUGCUGGCAUCUUUACAGACGAAUGUGCGAUAAGGGAGUGUACGUGUCUUUUGACACUGUUUUAAGAGGCAUGCUAACACCGACGGAAUAUCGAUUACGACAAAAGGAAUAUUCACAAGAUUUGCGGUAAAAUUAGCAAAAACAUUGGAUUGCUUUGUUAUAAAAUGUUUAAAUACCUUUUUAAUUAACUGAGAUUAUUUUUACUUUCUCGUAUCGGUC